UUUGGAACCAAGUUAUAAAGAAAUGUAAACAAGGAAAAGACUGACGUACUGUGUACGUGCAUUGAGCAAUGUGUCGAACGAAACGAUGUUUUAAUGGGAAUGGGUCUAAUGCAUGUAAUGUGAAGCGAAAACUAUAAAAACCCAAGGUCAACCAUUAGAGCAAGGACCUGCAACGGGCCAGUCCGACUCGACUGUGUAGCUCUAUGGUAUCACUUGGGUGACUGACACGCUGGUUACAGACAAGUACGUGGGCGGCAACCAUUCCUACCGGGGCCACAGUUUGACGUUACUCUAGAGAUCGCACACUCGUAGAACUGGACACGCAGUCUACUUGUACAGAGUGGCACCACCUGUUGUUGUUAAUAAUUAAGUUAUUUUUCUUCUGUGAAUUGUUUCUAUGAACUCAACUGCGCUCUCGGUGCCACACAGUCUUGAUAGUAUUUCAGAACUGAUCCUUGUUAACUAUGGAGCCUGAGCCAUCAGUAAGUCACAUUGCACAGAUGGAGGAUACAGAGGGUAGCAUGGAAGACCUUCAAGACGAUCAAGAUGGCGACGUCGAAGACGUUCAAGAUGAAAGUAUCUUGGAGAUUGAGCCAAUGACAGUCAACGGGAAACAAGUCAAGCAUGUCAAGUUAGUGACCAACAAAAAUGUUGAAGGGACUCCAUUUACACUAAGGACUUGUUUCCUAAUCAUCCUGCUGGGUAUGGGAUUGGCAGUUUUAUUCAUGGUAGUUGUUGGUGUAACAAUGGGAAAAGAUUCAUCAUCUGAGUCUACAUCUUCCCCUGAUCAAAGUAUGUUCAGCAGAGCUGCAGUUGCAACUGACGUUGGGUUGUGUUCAGAUAUUGGGAGUGCCAUUUUAAAGCAAGGUGGUUCCGCAGUGGAUGCAGCUAUAUCUAGUCUGCUAUGUGUAGGUGUAGUAAACCCUCAAAGCUCAGGUUUAGGUGGAGGUAUGUUCAUGCUAGUAUAUGAUAAGAAAUCUCAAAAAGCAGAGACAUUAAUGGCUCGAGAAAAGGCUCCUGCAGCAGCAACUGUUAACAUGUAUCAAAAUGAUGCGACUGAGCAGCUUAGAGGUUACAGAUCCGUAGCUGUCCCUGGUGAACUACAAGGCAUGUGGGAGGCACAUAAGGUGUAUGGAAAGCUACCAUGGCAAGAAUUGUUCACAUCAGUUAUUGAGUUAGCAGAGAAUGGAUUUCCAAUGACUGCUCACCAAGAAAGGGCACUUAACAAGUUUUCAAAGGUCCAUAAUAUAACAAGUCUUCCUGAGUAUGCUAGGCUUGUUGCCCGGUACCAGACUGAUGAUGGCAGAUGGAAGACUGCUGGUGAUAUUGUUUCAUGCCCCAUACUAGCAAAGACACUGAAAGCUAUUUCAAUCAAUGGACAUACAGAGCUAUCUACUGGACAAUCAGGACAACGACUCAUACAAGAAAUGAAUACAUAUGGUGGAAUAUUAACAACUGCUGAUAUGGAAGACUACACUGCAGAAUGGAUGCCUGCCUCUACCCUCUCCUUAGGACAAGAUAAGACACUAUUAACAUCACCAACACCUUCUGGAGGUCCUUUUGUACAAUUUAUCAUCAAUAUCUUAUCAAAUAUUAAUUUAUCGGACACUCUACUGAAGUCAUCUGAUGACAGGACACAAAUAUACCAUAAGUUUAUUGAAGCAUCAAAGUUUGCCUUUGCACUAAGAAGUUACGUUGGUGAUGUUGAUACAGCAGAGGUUCAAGAAGUUCUGAAUAAGAUGAAGUCAGAAAGUUUAGCAAAGACAGUGUUCUCCCAAAUUGAAGACAACCAAGUAACUUACACAGAUGCAUCAGGUUAUGACCCACUUCAUAGUACAGCAUCACACCAUGGAGGCACUUGUCAUAUUAGUGUAGUAGAUGAAGAUGGAAAUGCAGUAUCGGCAACUACGACUGUUAAUUACCACUUUGGGAGUCUAAUGAUUUCUAACUCCACUGGUAUAUUAUGGAACAAUGAAAUGGCAGACUUUGAUACACCCGUCAGUCAGCCAGCUUCUUCAGUCAAUUAUAUUGAACCUGGUAAAAUGCCGCUCUCUGCAAUGAGUCCAGUGAUAGUAGUGAAUGAGAAGAGUGGUGACGUUGAGCUUGUUACAGGAAGUGCUGGCAGCAGAGCUAUUAUUACUACUAAUGCAUGGAUAACAUUGAUGUCAGUGUUUACGGAGGCCACACUUGAAGACAUUACUGACGAGAAGAGAGUUCAUAACCAACUGCAACCUGAGAAUGUCGUCAUGUAUGAAUCAGGAUUAGAUCAGGACAUCUUAAAUAGUUUGGUGAGCAUGGGUCACACACUGAAAGAGAAGCCACUACUAUCUAUAGUCCAAUCUAUCAGAAGGUCUGGUAACAGAUGGGAUGCAUAUAGUGAUAAACGUAAACACGGCAGGGCAGCAGGCUAUUAAACCAUCAAACUUGUAACAAACAUUACUUUAUUUCAUUCAAUCAGUUAUAGCCAAGACCAGUUUACUUCAUUGUUUUCUUAUUUAAGCUUAUCUUAGAAUGUUUAACCAAGAGUUCAACAAAUCCCUGGACAUGUUGCCUGUUAUAGGUUUAUUUACUCCUUUUCCUUGCCUUUUUUAUUUGUACACGCUUUUUAUAGAUUUUGUACUUAACACAAACCAUAAGUAGAUGAGACUGUUGGGUACACAAAUCACUAUUCCACCAGAUAAUUUAUUUGUUAAAUAAAAUUAUGAAGUUUUGAUUACAAUUCCAUACCCAAAUGAAACUUGACAAAUUCGUAAAUUUACUGUUGUUGCCAUGAUAAAAUAGUUGCGUUUCUGAUGAGAAAGUAGGUAUUAUCACUAAUAUUCUAUCCAAGAUAUUUGAGUAGCUUACUAGUGCAACUGAUAUAAACAGUCUAAUUAAAAUAUCCUUAAAUAACACUUCAGAGAAAAAGAAAAUCUUGACAAGACCACUGUGGGUGCAAGUGCCAAUAAUCCCAUGUACACCCCACUGGCAAAUAAACAGCCACAAGAGUAGACCUACUACUAGUCAACUUAAAAGGUCAACUUAAAACUCAUCUCAUGAAUUGAAAGCUUCUAAUGACUCCAAUGUUAACAUGGUAUUUACAUUUCAAAAAACAAUUGUAUUAUCUUUCAUUCUAUCCAGGAAAAACAUGAAAUGAAUAGAAUGUGUUUUUCAUCACAUCUUAGCGUAUGUUGAUGACAAUACAGUAAUUAAUGGUCCCUUAGGAGUUAAACAAUAAAAAACUUAAGUGAUUUACAGAU